GAUAUUAUGAAUAUUGAUCAAUGAACAAUAUGUUUCCGAAUGGAUAAUGCUAUCAAUUAUACAUACAUAACAGACAGAAAGAUGCAAGGAGGGGAUAUUCGAUACAACAUGAUGACUACCAGUAAUUUAUUUCGAGAAGCACAAGAUGAAGAGAUGGAGCAUAAAGUUAAGAAAGUUGCUGAAAAGAUAUCAGAGAGUAUGAACAUAGUCGCCAAUGAACCAUCCUUAGCUUUUUUCCGCAUUCAGGAACAUGUAAGAAAGUCACUCCCACAGCUUGUUGAACAAAAGCAUGAAGUUUUGGAGACACAACAAGAGGUUCAGGGUGCAAGUUUUGACACAGAAUAUGCCACACAUGCUGUCAAAAGUCUUCACAAGAGCAGUGUCCACUUCCAAAACAUUCAAGACUUGUUGAAGAAUGCCAUCUUUAUGAAGCAACAGAUAGAUUAUGAAGAAGACAGAAAACAACAGAGAAAGGCCCAGUCUAGCAUGUAUAAAGCUGCCCGUGAUGAUAUCGAAGUAUCUGUGUCUAGAAACUCCAGAGAAAUGUCCACCUCUAAAUCUGACAACCAGUUAGAUGACCACAUUCUACCGCCACCUAGUAUAAACUCCAUUAAUGCCACUGUGGAUGAAGGACAAGAUGAGAAACAUUCAUAAUAUUUGAUGUUUAAAGAACUUGUUAUUUGUACUACAUUGGUGUACAUCUGUAUAUUGAUUAUUAUAAAAUACAUGUCACUGUGCAAUAAAUAUUGUAAAUCUUUUUUUAAAAAAAAACAGAGUCUUUUUCCAAAAUUUAUAUCAAUUUACA